UGUCCUGGAACUGUGGGGCAGCAGAAGCGCCCAUUCUGUUCCCAUUUCCUGAGAUGGUUGGCGGCCAUGUAGCUCUGGAGAAGAGUGAGCAAGAACAGCAAUGCGCCCAGCACGUUGGGGAAGAUGACAAGCGGCACUUCAGUGGCUAUUCUGACCUACUUGACGCAGCUCCUACGCUGUCUCCCCACGAGCUCCAGAUUGGCCAUAUAACUGGAUUUUCUUCAAAACUACUCAACCAGCCAUUUCAUGUACAUCCAAAAGAUCUUGGCUUCACAUCCAAAUUUGGCCGUGAUUUUGGAUUUUUUACAAAUCAAUUUUACCAGUCGUUUCACGAAUAUUCAAUAGGAGAUAUUGGCUUCACCUCCAAAUUUGUCUAUGUUUUUGGAUUUUUUACAACACAAUUUCACCAGUUAUUUCAUGAACAUUCAAUAGGAGAUAUUGGCUUCACAUCCAAAAUGGUUGAGAUUCUGCAGUGCAGGUUUCAUUUCUGUCUGCGUUGUUUGGGAGUUUUCCAGAAGUUUAUUGUCGGUGUUUUCCUUGGAAUUUCUACAUUUAAGAUUUUCUUCUGGAGAACUAAACUUGCUAUACUGAAAAAAGAAAAAUAUACAGAGAAUUUGAAGAACACUACAUCAGAGGUUAAAAUUACCAUUGAUGAAUCCUUGCUCUGGAAUAUGACACCGAAGUCCAAAGACAAGGUGUCUCAGUACAUAAAUGAGAGGCCUGGGGCAGCCGAGCCAAAAACCUUGAAUUCCAACGCACAUCAAUGUAAAGAACAUGUAAAGAAAGUACAAUUCAGCUGUGACACACGGGCAUUUGUGAAAGCAGAAAAGGAUCCUGAACUUGAAACUUUGAAGUUGCAGCUGGACUACAUUCGUAAAGACCUACAGAUGGCUGAGGAGGCAAUGGCUAGGGGAAGUCAGGAGCAGACCAAUAUGGAGAAGCAGCUGUCUGCAAAAGAGGAAAAACUGAAUUCGACUACAGCAGAAAUAGAGGAAUGCAAGAGCAGAAUUCACCAGCUGCAGGAGGAGCUGCAGCAGGAGGAGCGCAGCUUUGCGUGCCAGGUCUCCACGCAGUACAGAAAGUCUCUGGACAGCUGGCACAGGGCCAAUGCGUUGGAGCAGGAGCUGGUGCACCAUGACAGGGAGGCUGAGUACCUGAGGUACAGAUUGGAAAUGAUGAAGCUGGCCGAGGGGUACAAGAGGCAGGAGCCAGCCCUGGGAGGACCCGGCUGGGAGAACCAGGCCCGGAGAGAUGCAGGUGCUCCCGCAGACCCUGGGAGACGCAGUGGCCCGGUCCCGGCCAAGCACGCUCAGAACGCACAGGUCAACAUGGAGGCACGGAGGUGCCCUCCUGCCCGGAGAAUGCGCAACAAGAACCGCUCUUGUCCACCAUGCAAGAAAUAUGGGCGAAUGCGCUAUGUUCCAAAGAACACACUGUACACGAUAUAUGAGGAGCCCGAGCCACACUAAGCAUGCUGUGGAGAUGAUACACAUUGAAGAACUGACCAGUGCUCACUCCUGAAUGUUUUCCCUGCUCCUUGCUGCCUCCUCCCUCUUCCAUCCUUCCUAAUGUUUCCCUAAUAAACCUCAUGACAUCC